GGGAGCCAGGAGGGAGGAGGAAAAGAUCUCGCGAUCGCCGGUACGGUCCCCAUAUCCGGGACCCAGCGGAGACUCUGCUUCCACCACCAGGAUCGGGGAGCUACUCAUGGCGAGGCCCGCGCGCGCCCCGCUGCUCCGGCGGCUGCUGCUGCUGGCGGCCCUCGCGGCGUGCUGCUCCUACUACCUGCUCGUGCUCCAGGCGCAGGCCUCCGCGCCGCCGCGCUACGACGGGUUCGCCUACGGCGGGGGCGCCGCGGCGGCGUGGAAGGACGCCGUCCUCGUCGAGGCCUUCCUCGACCCGCUCUGCCCCGACAGCCGCGACGCCUGGCACCCGCUCAAGCUCGCCGUCGAGCGAUACGCGCCCAGGGUCUCCCUCAUCGUCCACCCCUUCCCGCUGCCGUAUCACACAUAUGCAUUCCAUGCUUGCCGUGCACUUUACAUAGCUAACAAGUUGAAUUCAUCAUCAACAUAUCCAUUGUUGGAGUUGUUCUUCAAGAACCAGGAAAAGUUCUACAACUCUGCCACAUCUUCUCUCUCGAGCCCUGCUGUAGCUGUAGAGAUGUCGAAGAUGGCAGCGCAUGCUGUUGGCAAUUCAGUAUCUGAGUUUCUCUCAGGCUUCAGCGAUAGGAGGACAGACUCGGCAGCCAGAGUUUCUUUUAAGUAUGGGUGCACUAGGGGAGUUUUUGGUGCGCCGUUCUUCUUCGUGAAUGGCUUCCUUCAGCCUGGGGGCGGAUCGCCUAUCGACUACAGCACAUGGAUUGGCAUCCUGGAUCCCCUCGUUUCCCAGCAGGGUGAGAGAAUCGAGAUGUUUACUUCUAUGUAAGUGAUUGAAGUGGCCCUACGACGGAUACGGUCGUACAGAUGCUUGGCUAGUGCUGAUAGGCAAUAACGCAGCAGCUCUUCUGUCAGUUGUGUGCAUGCUUCAUAGAUAGCAUCCCGCUUGCCUGUUGUACUUGUUUUAAAAGGUCGCUAUUCUGGUUACUGUAGCUAGCGGUUGUGUGUAAAACGCCUGAAACGUGGGACAAGUAUGUGAAAUCGCCCCCCGUGUAAUUGGAGGAGCUUUGUUCGAUGGAUGAACAGCCAAUCUGGCAAUUUCUUGUCU